AAUUACAGGUUUGCAGUUUAAAAUGGCCUGGAAGUCGCCAUACGUUACCUUUUAUAUCCUUCUAGUUUCUACCUUUGGUCAAUUCCAAAACUUCGUGAGCACUGAAGAAGAUCCCUCGUCAUGGCCUGGUCAUAUGGAGCCUCUUGGAUCACGAAACGUAAAACAUUCUGUAACUUCCGUAGACGAGUUCCCAACGCCUCAGGAUUUUUUCAAAGAUUAUGUGUCUCCGAGUAAACCUUUGCUAAUAAGGAACGGGGCGAAAAUCUCACCAGCUUUUAAGCUAUGGACCGACGAAUAUUUUGGGUCGCUCCAUGGAGCAGAGAAUACAAGUGUGUUUGUUGAACAACGAAAGAAAGAAAAUCGAACAUUUCCUGGGAAGGAGAUAAGUUUUAAGGAAUUCAUUGAAACUUAUAAUGCAUCCGAUAUUUAUAUGGUAAAUGCUGUUCCAGAUAUACUGCAACAAGAUGUUCUGUUACCUCCUGCACUGCUGUGUGAAGACAUCAAACCACAUCUUGUUGAUACAGUGAUGUGGUUUAGCAGUGGAGGAACAAAGUCUGUAUUUCAUCAUGAUGAUGUUGACAAUAUUAAUUGUUUAUAUCGUGGUUCUAAGACACUGUUGUUUGUAGAAUAUAAAAAGUAUAAAAGUAAGUUAAGACUUGAUAAUGCUUGGGGUGGAUUCUCUGGUGUUGAUGUCGACAAAGUUGACUUCACAAAAUAUCCUAUUUUCCAUGAAGUUGAAUUCCAUGAAGCAAAGAUGGAAGCUGGUGAUUGCUUGUUCAUACCCUUUAAAUGGUAUCAUCAAGUGACUUCAGUAGGAAGUAACAUUGCUGUGAAUAUUUGGUGGAAACAUCUGUCUUCUUUCAUACCAAGAAAAUGCGAUGGAAUGCCGCCUGGAACAUUAAAUCAGUUCCAUUUCUCAUCCCUUCAUAAAAAUGGUGCUGAUGAUGCUGAAGAUGAAGAAGCUGAAACCCUGAUAGACAUGUUGGCAAAGUUUAUCAAAGAAAAAAAGCAUGUGUCAUAUGAUGACUUUGUCAGUUACCUUAAAGAUAACGUUCAAACUGAGGUGAAACCUGAAUUUGAGCAAGACGUAUUGGAAUAUAUUGGACAUAUAUUCCAGUCAGCUGAUGUGGAUAAAGAUGGAAGCGUCACGAUCCAUGAUAUCACACAAAUGGAUGAGAAGGCUUUUAGUGAAUUUGAGAAUGAUCUGGCAGAGUUGGAAGGAAUUCUUGGCGAAUAUCACGACCCAAUGUAUCAAAUGGAGGAUGAUGACCGACAUCACGAGGAAUUGUAGUAAAAGAUAACAGCCGUUUACUCG